AUGGACGGCGAAGAGGACGGCCCAAGCGGCCUCAACUCGCUCUCCAAGUUCACCCUCUUCGAGACGAAGACGCGCUUCUACGUCGUAGCUUCCGCCGCAUCCUCACAUCGCGUCCUCAAGAUCGACCGGACAGAUCCUACAACGCUGGGCGUGACGGAAGAUGCGACGGCGUAUGAUGAUGCCCAGCUGGACCUGCUGUUGAGGAUGGUGCAGGAUGGGAAUAAGAGCCAGGGGGGACUGGAGAAGGUGUUGGAGUUCCAUGGGAUUGUGGGAUUUGUGAAAUUCACAGCGGGGUGGUAUUUGAUCUUGGUGACUAAGCGAUCUGUCGUCGGGCUGCUCGGGGGACACUAUAUAUAUCACUGCGAUGAGACGACCCUCAUUACCAUCGGCAACAAAGCAGAGCGUACCAGCUUGGAGACCAAGAUGGUCAAUUCCUUCUCCCAAGUAGAUCUCAGCAAGAACUUCUACAUGUCCUACUCCUACGAUAUUACAAACUCCCUCCAGACAAAUCUCACCGUCGCUCCCUCUGCGCGUCAGUGGAAUACCCGCUUCAUGUGGAACUAUCAUCUCCUGGCCCCCGCGUUCGAGCUGGACGUUCCGGAGGGGAGGAGCCGGUGGGUAUUGCCUUUGAUACAUGGGUUUGUGGAUCAAGCCAAAAUUAAUGUCUUUACGCGGACGGUAUACCUCACCCUGAUUGCGAGGCGGUCGAGGCAUUUCGCGGGCGCUCGGUUCUUGACGAGAGGAGCUAAUGAGAGCGGACACGUAGCAAACGAAGUGGAGACGGAGCAGAUCGUCUCGGAACCACUCGCUACGCCUUUCGGUCAGCGGAAUCAGCAGUCCUUCCUCUACGCUGGGGCAGACACAGGAUACGGCGCAUACACUUCCUUCGUACAAUACCGAGGAAGUAUCCCGGUCAAGUGGAUGCAAGAGUCCAAUAGCGUUACCCCUCGGCCUCCUAUCGAAAUCACCGUCAAAGACCCCUUCUACUCCCCUGCCGCUCUCCACUUCAACGACCUCCUCCAACGAUACGGUGCCCCCAUCUUCAUCUUGAACCUCAUCAAGUCGCGCGAGUCGGUACCCCGAGAAAGCAAGCUUCUGGCCGAGUACGGGCAGUGCGUCGAGUAUCUGAAUCAGUUUUUGCCGAGGGGGAAGGAGAUGCGGUAUAUCGCGUGGGAUAUGGCUCAGGCUGCCAAGAGUGGUCAUCAAGACGUCAUGGGUGUCCUGGAAGAUAUUUGUGAAGAGUCCCUCCAAGCCACGGGAUUCUUUCACGGCGGUCCCGCCCGGCUCGAUACGUCCUUAGGAUCACGCCGGACCGAGCCACUCCUCCAGCACGGUAUCCUCCGAACCAAUUGCGUCGACUGUCUGGACCGGACGAACGCUGCCCAAUUCGCGAUUGCGAAACGAGCCUUCGGACACCAGCUUUAUGCGCUGGGACUGCUGGGAUCGCCUUAUUUGCCUUUUAGCUGUGAUGCGGUGGAUGUAUUGACCGAGAUGUAUCAUGACCACGGAGAUACGCUCGCUUGGCAGUAUACCGGAAGUGCCCUCGUCAACAGGGUUGAUACCUAUCGGCGCGUAAAGGCCGCUCAGUGGUCCUCACACUCGCGAGAUCUCCUGGAAAAUAUCCGCCGUUUCUACAACAACAGCAUGCUCGACGCCGACAAACAAGCAGCCAUCAACCUCUUUCUCGGUGUGGAACUGUCGUCUCCUAUGUCCAUGUCGACCGCCCCGCCCCGACCGCACUAUCGCCAAUGGUUUGACCCGCGGAACCUCAACGAGCGGACGGUAGAUGAGCUGGCGCCGCUCCACAGCGUUUACAAGGAAUAUUACAAACCUCAUAUCUUGUCGCAAUUCCAGCGGUUGUAUGCCUUUACAAUGAACUCUACAACGCGAUUCCACGCCAAGCCCAAACCCGAAGCCUUCGCCUCUCCGUUCGAAUCCCGAAUAACCGAUCCGCUCUCCCAGUCCCAGUCGUCCCUCUCUGGUCCAUCCUCCUCGCCCUCCGUCCGCCGCUCCGCCCGGCGAUGGGCACGCAAGUCCGCCCUCCCGUCCUCCGACACACCGGCAUACGACGACGAGGACCCCGAUGCCGCCUCUCCCCCUCCCCCACCUCACCCGUCCCAUCCCUUAGAGACGCUGGUCGAGUCGCUGUACGCUCCUGGCGGUGAAGUAGAGGAGCAGAGGAUGGGAGAAUACGAGUGGUAUAUCCAUUAUCCGUCCGAUCCGGCCAGUCACGCAGUGGAGAUGAUGGAUGAGAAGGAUUUGGGGUUGUAUAUGCGUCUGAGCCGAUUAGCGGCGGGGGAGGAGGUGGAGCGGUUGUUGGGUGGCCGGACGGUGUCCAGCGAGGGUGAGCUGACCGGCGCCUUGACUAUGUCCGAGCCAGCAUCUGACAGAACGUUAGGUGCCCAAGCUCAUAAGGUUUAG